AUGAACCAGUUUACAAUAGCAUCAAAAGCAAACGAUUAUGAAGAGCGAAUUUCAGCUAUUGUAGCUUCAAUUUUCACGGAUGAGAAGUUGGUAGAACCGUUAAAGAUAAUUCCGUCACCAACAUUUGAUGAAACAAAACACACCAUCGAUGUUGUCGCACAUGAAUAUCUGAAGCAAGCUAGUAAAGCUGUUCAGCAUCUUGUUCCUAUAAAGACUAUUGCUGAUGGAAACUGUUUAUUCCAUUCAGUUGUAUCGUUUAUGCCGGAUGCCAAUAUAUCGGAUGUUGAACUUAGAGUUCGUACGAUAGUUGAGUUAGUUAAGAAUAAAACUCACUAUAAUGAUCAAUGCAGCAAGCAUGUUGGUCCUUUUAAUGAAGCACUACGACGAAUAUGCAAUAAUAACAUGUUUUGUGAGUUGUACGAACUUGUCGCUUUGUCAAAUGUCUUACAAUGUGAAGUGCAAAGUGCAUACCCUUAUAUUGACUAUCGAGCUGAAAUGAAAAUCAUGAACGCAGUGUAUACGCCAUUGAGAGUACCAGUUCCAUCUAAUAACAAAAUAGUCCUAUUCUGGUCCAGUACUGAAGAUGAGAUUUCCACUAGAGCACGUCCUGGCAACAGUGGUGUUUGGAAUCCAAAUCACUUUGUUCCGCUUCUACAAAGACAUAAAAGUGCUCCACGGAAGACAAGCAAUGAGUCAAUUAUAACAACACCAGAUAGUCCUCAAAAGUCGACUGUAAAAAAUAGUCAAAUAUUAUCUAUACGAAGUCCAGAGUUUUCACCUCCUUCCAACGCUAGAAAACACAAGAGUCUGACCACAACAAAUUCUGAAAUCACACAAUUCUCUUCCUCACAAUUAAAUAAUGCUGAAACUAACGAACAGGAUGAGGCUCAUGGGAGUAUGGAUUCCAUAAGAAUGCGAGCUUUUAGAGAAAGAGAAAGUGAAGAUCAGCGAAAGACACGUAUCGCUUACCAGCUGAAACGAUCUGCAUCAAAUAGGUCGGACGAAAAUGAAGGAGAACGAAACUCACGUUUGAUCAACCAACGAAAACGAUCUAUAUCAAAUAGGUCGAACGAAAAUGAAGAAAAACGAAACGCACGUUUAACCGACCAACGAAAACGAUCUGUAUCUAAUAGGUCGAACGAAAAUGAAGAAGAACGAAACGCACGUUUAACCGACCAACGAAAACGAUCAACUGCAAAUAGAUUAGGUAAACAAAUAUCAGCUGGAAAUAAAAAAACUCGGCUCGAUCAAUACCAGUGGCCAGCUGCUAUUGAAACAUCUCUAAAGGAAGAUUGUUUGCAAGAUUUUUGCGAUCAGACAUCUAUGUCAGUUUUACGACAAUCCAUCUGUACUAUUUGUAAUAUUCGAGCAUCUGCUAGUGCAAUGAAGGAAUACAAUCUUUCACAUAUUCCAAAUGUACAAAAGCUUUCUUGCCAUGCAGAUUUGAUAGAUGUCAUAGGUAAAAUAACCUCAAGAAUCGCACAAGAUGGUAAUGAGUCCUGUUCAAUUUUUUGUUCCUUGUCGGAUGCAGUACUCUACAAAAAAGGAUAUCACAUGAUGAAAAAGUCUGGAAACAUUUGUCAUGAAUGUCACAUUGCACUGAUCAAAAAUAAAGCGCCGAUCUUUUCUGUGGCGAACAAGAUGUGGGUUGGAGAUGUGCCUUUAGUACUUCAACAAUUGACAAUUGCGGAGGAAAAGCUUAUCUCUCUGUAUCGACAUAACAGCUGUGUUAUUAAGCUACAGUCUCCGUUCCAUCACCCUUCUACUGCACAAACUGCACUCAAAGGCAAUGUAAUUACAUUUAUGCAUGACAUGCCAAAUAUUGUCCAAAGUUUACCGUUGGAUGUUGACGAUCUUUGUGAUACUUUAAAAAUUGUUUUCAUUGGUGCUCAUGUUCCUAACCGGGUACAAUUGCGUAUGAUUUGCGGCGUAAGUCGAGAAAAGAUUCGUAAUGCUCUGUUAUGGCUCAAAGAGAACAAUCAUAUGUAUCGAACGAUACCUGUUAGUGAAGCAAAUAUUGCAAAAUUGCCAGAUGAUGAUGUUCCAGAAAGUAUUUGGGCAACAAUAGAAAGAAUUGAAAACAUGACGGCCGCCAAUGCGGAACGAGCAGAAUUCACUAGUGAUCCACUUGCAGGGGAUAUUAUUCAGGAUGAACCAAGUGCAAAAACCGUUAUUCCGAUGCAUACUAGUGCGAUACUCGACGUUAACGGAACAGCUGUCACAUCAAAAGAUAUUGGUGUACAUUUAUUACAGAAAGUUAAAAGUUCUUCAACCGAGCUAUCGAAUAUGUUGGACACGUCCUCGAAUAAUGCAGAUAAUGAGGAUGUUUAUAUAAUUCCCCGAUCUCAUAUGCCAGUCAGAGACUGUUACAAUAUGGAAUUAUUUCUUGGUCUAUUUCCCACGCUCUUUCCCUACGGUUACGGCGCACCGUAUGAUUCAUCAAGACCGACUGAGGUACCACUUGGUCAGCAUAUUCGUUAUCUGCUUGCAUAUGAGGAUCAACGUUUUGAAAAACAUCAUUCGUUCAUGUAUGUUAUGUUCAACAUGAUGCAACGCCGACAAGCAUGCUGGAAUGCCUCGUUGAUGGCUUCCCGACCUUAUUUUCGAGAAAAUGCUACCGAUCUUCAAGCGUUGACAACAAAAGAAGUUGAAACAGCUUUGAUUAAUGCAACGAAACAUACAUUUUCUUCAGUUACAAAUCCACGGAUUAACAUGCUUAUGAAACAUAUUAGAGCGGUGGGUGGGAGCGUUAUGGGUUCUGCUUACUCACGAAGUGCUCUUCGCUCUCAAAUUCAUUCGCUCAUAUUCAAUCAGGGUCUACCGAGUAUCUUCAUGACAAUUAACCCUGCUGAUAUUCAUAGCCGUAUUGCGCUUUAUUUUGCUGGCGUUGAUCUAGAUCUGGAUAAAAUUCUGCCUGAAAAAAUCCCAUCCACGUACGAACGUGCUCAGAUUAUUGCCGCACAUCCGGUGGCUACUGCUCGAUACUUCAAUGUGCUUAUUUCGUCUAUUCUUCAGUGCAUGGUAGAGAAAGGUCUACUCGGACCAAUUAAAGCAUAUUUUGGUACAGUAGAAAAUCAAGGUCGAGGCUCAUUACACUUGCAUAUUCUUAUGUGGCUGGAUCACGAUCUGACACCCACACAACUAAAAAAAUCAGUUGAGAAUGAGGAAUUCCGAAAUGGCCUUAUCGGCUAUUUGGAAGACAUUAUCAAACAAGAUCUUAGUAACUUUACUAGUGAUGCGUCCAGUAUAGAUAUUCUUGAAAACCAACAAUCUAUUACUUCGGACCGUUUUGAUCGUACUGAUCCCAUAUUGAACGAGAUGAUCACAGGAGCCGCCAAUGAAAGUAUGGAAUACGGGAAAGAAGUUGAGAAACUUACAUUUUGCUUAGAUGCGAACCGCUCUGAAAGUACUGUCACGAAUUUAUUUCCAUCAAUGAUGCCCACCCCGAAACCAUUGAUGUCAAACUUUGCUCUCUAUUUCAAAAAAGAUAUAAUACAGCUAGUAUGUAGCAGCAACAUACAUAAACAUACAGCAACAUGUUACAAAUAUUCGAAAACAAAUACCAAUCCAAUAUGUCGUAUGCGAAUGCCUCGACGAAUCGAAAAGGUAUCAUCCAUUGACAUUGAAUCGGGUGAAAUUAAAUUGAAACGACUUCACGAAACUAUCAAUAAUUUUAAUGAAUACAUUAUCAGUGCUUGUCGGUCGAACAUGGAUAUAAAGUAUAUCUUCAGUGGUAGUGACGCCAAAGCAUUGGUGUAUUAUAUAACGGAUUAUGUAACGAAAUCGAGCCUCUCGUUUCACGAUACAUUUUCGCUUGUGCUAAAAGCUGUUGAGUCUUUUGAAAAACAGAAACUUCACAUUGAUGCAUCUCUAAAUGCCGAAGAAAAGUCACGAAGACUUGUUCUGCGUUGUUACAAUACUCUUGCUUCACAGCAAGAGCUAUCAGGCGUACAAGUAGCUUCAUAUCUGAUGGGUUGGCCUGAUCAUUAUACAACACAUGAGUUUGUCAAUCUAUUUCUAAUUGGAAUUAAAAAUUUUUUACAAGCAACUUUGACGGAAGCUCAACUUGAACAUCAACACCAGACAGAAGACGUCGUAGAUCAGGAAAGUGAACAAACCUGUAUGGAAACGGAAGAACAUUUCCUACUUCAACCUGAUGAAACAAAGACGAAGUAUGUGUAUGUGAAUGCUCGAGUCGAUUAUCAAUAUCGUUCAGCGGCACUUGAUAAUAUGUGUCUAUAUGACUACAUGCGUUUUUACCGCAAAAAAGUGAUUGAUGCGCAAGAUCGAAAGCACUUAGAAGCUCAAGCAAUUUCAAAGAGUGGCGUGACCAAAAAUGCAUCUCGUGGUCGUCCAAUCUCAGAGCGAGCAGCUUUCCAAAGUGAACAUCCACAGAGUAUAUCUCAUAUCAAUAUCAGACGAAUGAAGCCUGUCAUUCCCGUCUUACUUGGACCACCAAUACCUCGCAGAGACCGCGAAGAUACAAUAGAACGCUACUGUCGAUCAAUUCUCGCUCUUUUUUGUCCUUGGCGGUCGUUCCAAGAUGUAUGUAAAGUAGAUCAAACAUGGGCACAGGCGUUCGAGGCUCGUUAUACAAAAAUUACUGAUGAAUCUCGUAAAAUUAUCGAUAAUAUUCAAAUUUUGCAAGAAUGUAAAACUGAUCGGGAUGAGCAUUUACAACAAGUGAUAGAGGCUGCACAGACUGAAGUAGUGAGUGAGCCCAUGUAUGCUAGUCGCAACGAUAGUGACAGUGACGAUGAAAACAAUGAAAUUCUCGAUGUACUAGAAAGUAUCGAUAUGUCAGAAAUUCCAACUUUGACAGAGCAAGGCACAAGAGCAGAACAGAUCUAUUUCGGAAAAAUAGUGCAAGCCGUUGAUCGAGCAAAUAGAUUUGCUAACAUUCCUAACUCAGCUCGAGAUUCACCAAAAUCAUUGAUGUAUCCCACGAAACGAGGCAAACCAGUCAAUAUUUAUCAGAAAUAUUUGAUACCAGCUACUACUCAACUCAUUGAACGAAAUAAUAAAUGGCAACGGCAAAUCAAAGAUGAAAAAGAACGCAGGCGAAACGCUUGUAUCAAUAUCAGUAACGAAAAUACUUUCAGAGAUCGGAAUAAUAUUGACGAAGAUCAGACAGUUGGAGUUAUCGAUGCUAGCAUGUUAGCGAAUUUCGGCUACAAUGAUGAUCCUUUGAAUACUAUGUACACUCUGCCAGUAACAAAAAUUACUAUACCUAGUGAGACCAGUCGAAAUGAUAUUGCACAACAGUUCACACUUAAUAAGAACCAAAAAGCUGCGUUUAUGAUCAUUACGGGUCACUUAGACGGAAUGAAUAAGAAAAAUGAAGCUGAUAAGCAGGACCAAUUGAUUAUGUGUGUACCUGGGUGUGGUGGCACUGGGAAGUCUCAGCUAAUACGUGCAAUAACUGCAUAUUUCACGGAGACUAAUCGUAUAUAUAAACUUCGAAAACUUGCGCCAACCUCGAUUGCUGCCGCCGAAAUAGAAGGUAUGACAAUUCAUUCAUUUCUGGGAGAUGGACGAAAUCGAAAAAAUAAAUCAAAAUCAAUGAAUCGACCUGGACAUACAACCAUAGAAAAUGCGUGGCGUUUUGUGGAAUACAUUAUUUUGGAUGAAAUGUCGAUGGUUGGACUCAGUUUGCUUGCUCGAUUAAAUAAACUUGUUGGAACGGCAAAACAUUGUGAUCCCAUGGUGCCAAUGGGUGGUGUAAACAUUAUCUUUUUCGGCGACUACAUUCAGUACUCACCGGUAUUCGACAAGCCUCUUUAUCAUGAUUUCGGUGAAACAGCCGAUAAUGAUACGAAAAACAUUGCGAAGUCAUUCUCUGAGAAUGAGAUUCAACAGAAAAGUGCUCGCGCACUAAUUUUGCAGAUCAAUUGCGUCAUUGUACUUGAACAGCAAAUGAGAACGAAAGACUUAGCAUACCAGGCACUGUUGAAUAGAGUGCGGAAAGGCGAGGGGACACUGGAAGAUUGGCAUUUGCUACGAACACGCGUUAUUGGCAUAGGAUUACAUAUUUCUCUCAAUCAACCGCCAUGGAACGAGGCUCCAAUCCUUGUUUAUCGAAAUGAGCUUCGCACGGAACUAAAUAAUCGAGCAGUAAUCAACAAAGCGCAUGAAACCGGCCGGUCACCAACAGUUUUAAUCGCAACGGAUACAAUUAAAGCGAAAAAACAUAUCGAUCUCCCUGACUUGACAAAGCGAUUGCUUGCCUUACCUGAUAACAAAACUGAGCACUUGCCUGGCUAUCUUCCUCUCGUGCCCGGCAUGCCUGUACUGUUACAGGAAAAUAUUGCUUGCGAGCUUGGCCUAUCAAAUGGAACUCAGGGAAUCUUUCGAGAACUAGUUUAUGAUGAAGCAACAGAAGAGAUUGCUGAUUUCGAUCAAAGAGUUUUUACGGAUGAUACCAUUUUUGUUCGUAAUGCUCAAUAUGCAUUGAUAGAAAUACCGAAAGCAAAAGUGAAAAAGCUAGACUCUUUGGAUCCUCUGAUUAUACCUAUUCCAGUAAUUGAUAAAACGUUUGAGGUUAAUCUCGAGAAACUCUAUGCAGACAAAGGACCGAUGAUGAAAAUGCUCAACACAAAGAAGCUUAAAACUACUAUCAAUGUGAAGAGAAGAGGUUUACCUAUAGUACCGGCAUACUCUAUCACCACUCAUAAGAGUCAAGGUCAAACAUUACCUAAAAUUGUCAUUGAUCUGAACAUGCCGCCGGGAAUCGUUGAAGUUGCAUCGGCUUACGUGCCGCUUUCACGAGUGCAGCAACUUACAGAUUUGGUUAUUUUACAAGACUUCAAUCUUGCUGCAUUGCAAGUGAAACCAUCUAAAAGACAAACAGCCGAAAUCAAGAGAUUGGCUAGUCUUUUUGAAGAAACAAAGCAUCAUUAUCAUCACUACUUUGUAUAA